AGCCUCACAUUAAUGCGCGUCCCGCACACCGCGAUUAAAGCGUCUUCGAAAUAACAUUGUUUGAAACGGCUGGUGACGUCACGCGUCACAAACCUCAUGCGUUCGUGAUUCCUUCCUCUGCUCUUCUCCAUUUUUGCCACUGAAACGCCGGUCCUUACACAAAGGAGCCUCAUUUUAUCGGCACGUAUGCUGUGUUUUCUGCGGGAUUUUCACAAAAGUUUGUCGCCUGGAAGCCGGGAAUCGGCAGCAGUGGUGCUGGAGUGAUCAUCAUGGGCACAGGAAUGAAAGUCAACGGCUCCUGACUGCUUCAAAAGGGCACCAACAUGGACAAUUCAAGCCGAAAUGCAGCAUCAAGUCCGGCACGUAACCAUUUUGACGCUGCAGCCCUUUUAGGGGCCUGGUGGUCCUCUGCUGACCAGGGGGGCAUGACCCUAGCCAGCCUGCUGCGCCAGGGCACCUCCGGCCCUGGCCUGGCCAGCAGCUCUAAGCUGGACCAUGCCCUGAGGCAGCAGCAGCCCCAGCCACAGGCCAGCUCAUCACAGUCACGAAGACUAGAGGAAGUGCUUGCCGGGCACACCUAUUCCAAACCUGGCGACGUGCACUUCGAGUGCAAGGUGUCAGGUAUGAAUGGCUCUCAAGCUCUUGGCAAAAUGCUACCUCCAUCAGCCCAUAGCAGAUCAUCAAAGCAUUUGGACCUCCUCCAAGACAGCAUCCUUUUAAAUUCCGUCAAGGAGAAACUUAUGCUGGGCUCUGCCAAAGGCCCACCUAGUUUGUCGCCACCGUUCCUGGGGCAGGGUGCUACAGAGCUGCUAGGGGCAGCAAGCAAGGCGGGAGGAAGUGCAGAAGGGUCGCGGCCGGGCAUCACGCUGCCCUUGGGCAGCCUGGUGCGUGAGCGCAGCAGCCAGCAGGGGCGCCGCAGCCGCAGGGGUCGUCGUGAGUCCGGCCUGGCGUCGGCUGCUGCUGCCAAGCUGGCAGAUUGCCUUAUGCUGCAGCAGCCUUCGUCGUCCCCCUCCCGACCACCAUCGGCUGGAGUGGGCCACCUGUCGGGUUCCCCUAGUCUGUUCCCAAGUCCUGCCCAUUCCUCCCAGGCAGGAUCCUCGUCAUCGAGUGGCAGUGGGGCCAGUGGAAGCACACGCCACUCCCCUGCGCCCCCUGCACACUCGGGGCCCAGUAGCAGUGAGACACAAGCUUCCCCUGGUCGUGGGGACGGGGGCGCCAUGCCGCUGGACCUGUGCGUGAAGCGUAGUGGUGGUACCGCAACUGGCACUGCGUACUUGUCCCCCGAGGUGACACUGACCCCCGUGGGACCGCCUGCUAUGACCCCUGGCCCCCCACCUCCACCUCCUCCUCCACCCGCAGCUCACCAGCGGCACAUUCUGGAGACCCUGCCAGCCAGCCUGGGUACCGGUAAGGGUGGACUGUCUCUUGGAACACCCUUGGGAACAUCGUCGUCAUCGUCUUCGCGGCGGCGGGGCCGAAGACCACGAAGCUCCCCUUUGCUGUCAGACCCGUUGGCAUCCGCGAGGGACUGCAACCCCAUGGGGCUUCUUCUUGGUGCUUUGGCUGCUCAGAAUGCUAAACUGUCUCCUAGGCAACAAGAGUCGUUACAGAGGUUCCAACUACUCGCAUCCCAAGGUUAUAAGUCAAGAAAUAAUGCCUUGUCCAAAUCGGGGCAUGAGGUUUCUACUCCCGAGUCAUCACUGUCGGCGUCCCCAGGAGGUCGUCUCGGGUCACCGUCCAUGUCCCUGCCCCCACCACUUGGUGCACCUUCGCCCCUGUCACGUCCUCCGAGUCGUGAUGUACCGCAGCGCCAAGGGACGAAGCGCAGUUCCCCUGAUGGCGAGGCUUCUAAAGAUGUGCACCGGCCACGCUCCAAGCGGCAGGAGGUUGAACACAACGCUUCUGUUAGUGCCGAUUCAUCUAGUGACUCGGAGUCAGCUGUGGGCGACUCCCGUUCUAUGAGCGGCACGUCUGACACAGAAGACACUGAAAAAUCUGCUGCGGCCAGCACAUCUAGCAGCAUUCCAGCUUCACUGUCUGAGAGGGUGUCCAAACGUCACACAGACGAUCAUGAAGGCAUGACAAAGCGGAGACGAUGCUAUGUGACUAACGAACGGGAAGCCAGAGUCCCUUUGGAACGUGGGUGGCAAAGGCAGACUCGGAUCCAAUCUUAUGGCAAGUCCGGUGUGAAGGGGGAGGUCAUCUACGUUGCUCCAUGUGGCAAAAAACUUAGGAGCUACCCCGAAGUGCUCAAGUACUUACAACAGAAUAACAUUACUGACAUUGGAAGGGAGAACUUCAGCUUCAGCUCCAGGAUGAUUGUUGGAACCUUCUUCGAGACCACCAAUGGCGGAGAAGACACUGAUGGCUGCCGUGUUAUGAGUGAAGAGGAGCUGGCCUUGCGCUUGCGCCUGCUGUGUGGUGUGCACGCAGUGGUGCCGCCGCCUCUGAUGGCAGCGCUACCUCCCUCCUCGACGGCAGCAACCAGGGGUGCCUCACCCCUGCUGGGCCUGCCCGGCCUUGCGGGGAGCUCCCUGGCCGCUGCUGUGGCCGCUGGUGCCUCGAGUGCUGGGGGUUCUCGGAGGGGACGGCCACGCAGUCGCCCUUCCCCGGACCCACAGGAGCGAGUCAUGCAGGAGGCUGCCCUGCUCCAGCACAGGCAGCACUUUGAGCAGCAGCAGCAUCAAGAAGAAGCGAGGCGGCACCACGAGCAAGUGAAAUUGAUGAAGCAGCAAGAACGUUUUGAACGCCUCGAGCAGCAACGCAUCGAGAAGGAACUGCGCACCCAGCAGACGAUUGAGAUCCGCCGCAAAAGGAGGGAGGAUAUAGAGAGGCAGCGCCAAGACGACGCUGUUCGCAAAGCUCAGGAAAGAGAAAUGAAGAGGCAGCAAGCUUUAAUCCUGCGAGAGCAGGAGAUGCAAAAGCGUCGGGAGAUGCUUCUUAUGGUUGAUUUGGAACGGGAGAGGAGGAGACAACACAUGCUGCUUGUUCGUGCCCUCGAAAACCGCAAGAAGAUGGAGGAUUCAAAGAAACUGGAUAUGCAUAUUUUGAAGGAGGUCAGGAGACCUGUCGAAGACAUGCUUCUGAAGGACGCUCUUCCUUUGCCAACACUAAAUAGGAUACCUGGGCUAAAAGUUCCGGGCACUGCAUUUGCAAAUCUCUUGAUGGUUCGAGAGUUUCUGCACAACUUUGGUGAAACGCUGCACUUUGAUGUGGACAAGGUUCCCAGCUUGAACUCUCUUCAGCUGGGCCUGAUCAACCAUGACAUCAAGUCGGAACAGCAGUUGCUCAACGUAGUGCAGCACCUGCUCACGUGUGCCAUUCACGACCCGGGAACACUGCCCUGCAAGGAGGCUAUUACAGUCCUUGGGCAACACAUGAAGGACGCCACAAUCACAAAUGAUACUGUAACAGAGGCCCUACAUCUGUACUUCAUGGCUCUUGACAAGGAAUGUGCUAUGUAUCAGUGGGUAACUGAAAAGCCUUUCUUGGCUCUAAAUCCGACGCAGAAAUCUGAAAUAAUGGCCUUCUUAUGCAAUGAGCUUCUAUGUAGCCGAGCAGUAGUCCGGCAAGUGGACAGCAGCAUAGAAACUGUGAUCACAUUAAGGAAAGACAAGUGGCUUGCUGAAGGUGAACUACGCAAGCUUAGGAGUACACAACAGAGCAGGCAACGGAAAGCCAUCCUAAAGCAAGAAUUAGAAAACAAUGCUGCUGCUGCAGCAGCAAACAGCAGUAGUAACAGCAACAACAAUAACACCGCCACCAGCACCACCACUAGCAACACUACAAGCAACACUACAAGCAACACUACCAGCAAUACCACCAGCAACGCCACCAGCAACGCCACCAGCAACGCCACCAACAGCACAGCUACCAGUGAGGUGUGCCCGAACCAUGCCACUACCGCAAGCGGCUCGGCGACGCCAACCAACAAGGACUCUGAGGAGAACAGUGUCAAGGGUGAGACGGCCAGUGAGGCUGGUGACAAGGCAAGCAAAAGUGGCCGAGAUGAGGAAGAGGACAAUGAGGACCCUGCCAACGACAGUGGCAACGAAAGCGAUGACCCUCAGGAGGCAGAAAAUGCAGAAGAGGAAGAGGACAGUGAAUCAAGUCUCACUAACGAAGAGUUGGAGAAGAGGAUAGCAAACCUUUCAAAGCAACAGGCACAGUUCCAGAACAAGGUGGCCAAGGCAAGCAACAGCAUACGGGCUGUAAUGCUGGGCCAAGAUCGCUUUCGACGCCGCUACUGGCUGCUUCCUGUUGCCGGGGGCAUCUUUGUGGAAGCCAUGGAGUCGUGUGAGCAGGAUGGCAUGGGUGACUUUGUGGCCACCGACUACAUGGCCGACGAGGAGGAUAGCAGCAGUGAGGACUCUUCAAUUACCAAAGAGGUCAUUUCUGCCAGAGGGAAUAACACUGUCAUGAAGGAGGAGAAGCAAGAGGAAGGGGAAGAGAAGGCAGCAGAUGACAGCAGCAAGCCCUCCCUUGCACCUGUGAAGCAGGAGCCUUCUGAGCCAAAGCAGCAGCAUCAGCAACCAGAUGACGACCUUACCGAGGUGGACACUUCAAUGACUAGUGAGGUCAAGAAUGAAGUUGAAAUGGCUGAGAAGACGGAAUCCUCCAACAACAAUGAGGAGCUCGAGAAGACGCAGAAGGAAGACGAGCCGCCCCCAAACUCUGACGAGAAGAGUUUAUCCACCGUUACCAAAGAAGCUUCCUCUGCUGCGGCUGUGCCAACAUCGGCGGCCAACCUCUCUGCUGUGACAACAUCGGCAACCUCUGUUCCAGUGGUUCCAGUGACCAAGGAAAAGAGUCCAUUGCCGGAGCCAACCCUGGAACAGAGCUGGAUGAUGCAUUCACCCUUCUUUGCAUCCAUUAUUGCGGGCAACAUGCUGUUUAACAGUGGCACGUUCCCAGCCCCUGCUGCCCCACCUUCUUCAUCGCCGAGCUCAUCGCCACAGAUGGCAACAACAAGCACUGUGGCAGCAUCUAUGGGGAAAGAUGGGGCUUCUCAACUCCUGGGUGGCUUCACCACUCCUCUUUCGGCAGAGCAGAUGCUGAAGAACCUAGCCCAAAAGAAGCCCAAGCCAUGGUUUAGCUUGCUGCCACGGGUGCCCUGUGAUGAAGGGUCCCUGGUGAGACUUCCUGGCUCAAAAGACAUGGAUGACGACGACAUUGAGGAAGAGGCAGCAUCCACUGCUGGCUCUACAAUGGGCAGCAGCCGAAUUGUGAGUGUGAUAGAAACAGAAGACACCACCAACCAAUAUGACAAGCCACAGCCUGUGCCUCCAGAGUACCUGCGGGGCUGGUGGCGCAUCACUGAUUCUGCCCAGCUGCGAACCUUGAUGGGAUCUUUGCACAGCAAUGGAAUCCGAGAGAAGGCUCUCCUGAAGCAACUGGAAAAGAACUUCAACUAUGGAACUGCAACCUGCAUACCAAACAGCCAGCAGGAUGUUGGCCUGGAGAUAACUGACCUUGAUCGGGAAGUGUCCGAGAAGCAUGGUGGGGCCCCACCUCCAGACUACGAGGACCAGUGGUCCCCUGAUGUUGCCCUGCGGGUGGAUUUGGCCAUGCUGGCCCAGGUGGAGGCAUUAGAGCAACGGCUCUUCGGUGCCUGCAUGGAAGUCAAGCACUGGCGCCCCCCACCAAAGGUAUCGGAUGACCCAUCAAUACAGUACCGUCCAUCCUGUGUGCUGCUCAACAAGAAACUGCUCGCGUCCUCUGAUGACGAUGAUGAGGAAGACUCCAGUGCAUCUCAGGUGUCUGGCGCACCGUCACCUAAUGACUCCAAGGACAAAACUGAGGGCAAAGAAGGUGCCGAUGCCACUGGGGAGGCAAGCGGUGAUCGAGCGGAUGCUGAUGUCGCUGUUGAUGAUGCAGACGCGUUACUGUCAUCACCAGAUCAUAAAGAUGCAUCGAUGGACGAUGCUGCCGCGAAGUCCUCAGCAGCCGAGGACAGCUCAAAGCAGGCUAGCCCUGCUCCAGAGGAGAACUAUGUGAAUGCUGUUGAAGUGGCCAAAGAACGGCUGCUGGGCCUGGAGUCGGGCAUUGAGAGGCGGUAUCUUCGUCCACCACUGGGGACAAGUGGGAGCAGCCUGCCGCAGAUUACAUGUGCCAGCAGCGGUGGCAGCGGCGGCAGCAACAGCAAGGGUGAAGAUGACACAACCGGCAAAGGUGGUACAAGUGGAAGUCCAGGCGAUGAAGAUGAGGAGCCAGUCUUGCCCCCAGGGCUGGUGCGGUGGCGUGAGGGGGUGGCGGCCUGCCAGACGGCUGCUCAAUUGGCCAUGUGCUUCAGCCAGCUGGAGACAUGCAUUGCCUGGGAUCGCUCCUUCAUGAAAGCGAGCUGUCAGUUCUGCCACAGUGGAGACAAUGAGCAAAUGCUUCUACUCUGCGAUGGGUGUGAUAAGGGCUACCACACCUAUUGCUUCAAGCCCAAGAUGGAUCGCAUUCCAGACGGUGACUGGUACUGUUAUGAGUGCUUGAACAAGACCCAGGACGAGAAAGUGUGCAUCCUGUGUGGUAAAAAAGGCAAGCUUGUACGCUGUGAUGCCUGUCCAAAGGUCUUCCAUCACACCUGCUUGGAACCACCACUCUCCAAACCUCCUAAAGGGAAAUGGUGCUGCUCUGGGUGCGCGAAGGGCCGCAAGAAGGGGCGCCCUUCCAAGGGGGGAAGUCAUGACAAGGACUCAAGUAAAGAGUCAAACAGCCCCAGCAAGAAGGCUGCCGAGUCCUCCUCAUCAGCUGCAGCAGCAAGUGGCUCCAGUUCCUCUUCCACCACCCCUGGCCAGACCACCAAAUCAUCCAAGAGUGGUGAUCGUAGGGAGAAGAACAAGGCCCAGGUGCUCAAGGAUCUGGCUGCUUGCAGGCAAAUUCUGGAAGAGCUGGAGCAGCACAAAGAUGCUUGGCCAUUCCUUGUUCCUGUCAACACCAAGCAGUUUCCCUCCUAUCGCAAGUUCAUCAAGAAGCCUAUGGAUGUCAGCACCAUGCGCUCCAAGCUGGAGUCAAACCAGUACAAGUGCAAGGACGAGUUUGCUUUGGAUGUGCGGCUCAUCUUUGACAACUGCGAGACUUUCAAUGAGGAUGACUCCCCGGUGGGCCAGGCAGGUCACAACAUGCGCAACUUCUUCGAGAGCCGCUGGGAGGAGCUCACCUCCUGAACCCCUUGACCCUCCCAUGUCCUUCGCUCCACUGCCAUCAGGCACAAACAACCACCCAUCCCAGGGCUUUACCAUUUACCUACACAUGCACCAUCACCACUCCUCAUGACAUGUCUGUUGUCUCUCUCUCUCGCGCGUGCUUUGUUUUUGUUUUCCUGUGGCCCCGCAUUCUUUUGUUACGUGUAUACAUAACAUAUACAUAUAUAUAUAUAUACAUAGUGCUAUAUUUAUACACACUUUUUUUACUUCAAUACUGUACGCUAAUUUUCUCGAAAAGCGCACACAAACGAGCGCAGCCAUUGUCUCUUGUUUCUUUCUUGGGCCAAGGCUGAUGUCCAGCAAGGUUGUGGUUGUUACAGUGUGCUUCUUCCCCGUGAGGUACUUAGUGCCGUGACAGGAACAUUGGUGACGAGAGAGAGAGCAGCGGCACACUUUGUCACCUCUUAGCACCUUUGGGGCUGUGGCAGCUUUGUGACAAUUUAAAAAAAAGAGAAGAAACUCGAGAAGCAGCAGCAGCAAGGGUCACAUGUUUGUAAGGACAGUAGGGAGGUGAUUGUUGUCAUUUAAGUUCAUGCCCUGUCACAGUUUUUUGGCACACUUACAUUGCGAGAGGGGCAGUCUUCCUCCAUCGUUGAUGAUGUCUUUCUCUUUUCAUUGUCUCUCAUCGUAGUGGCUCUGUUGUUUUGUGGCACAUUCAGUGUUUUAAUUCCAUGUUUUGUUCAUUGAUUGUGAGUGAGGAGGAAGAUGGAACACAUGAAAGAACUGGGGAAAGUGCCUGCAAAAAAACUGAAGACUGUGCAUGUUGCUCACGACUCUUGUAUUCAUUACAAGAGUGGUCUGGGGAAAAAAAAUUCGCACUAGGAGAAAAAAUAACCCUCGCGUGCCAGUGGCUGUCACUGCAGUGCAUAUUUUCUUGCAGUGCUUCCGAAUGUUUCCUGUUUCCCUCCCAUUUCCCGUUGUUUCAUCAUGGAUUACCUUAACAUGUCCAUCACUAGUACAAUCAUUGCUCCCUCCCCAAAGCUGCAUUUGUCGCACGCUGCUGGCGAGUUUCGCACAGCCUGUGACCAUCUCUUCCUUGAGGAUGCUUUGUUUUAACACAAAUGGCUGCCGAGUUAGUGUCACUCUUGGGACAUCAGGAAUGCAGCACUCUUUGGUAAAUGCCAGAUUGCGCUUUGCUGUCUGCGUGUCUUUUCACAGGUCUGUGCAUGUCAUGCUCUUUCACAGAUGGGCGAUAAUAAGCCAAUUGCUAGAUUGUACAAUGACUGCCUCAAGGCCAAUUCGCAAGGGGAAAAAAAAAGGGAGAGAGAGAGCGUGUAUGUUCGCCUUCUGCGCCUCGUUGUUGAUGUUAGCUGUUGGUUCGUAAAGCAUUGACUCAGGUCGCUGCUCACCGCAUUCGCAAUUUUCUUUUUCUUUCAUUUUUUUCUGUCCCUUUGGCUUUGGAAGCAAAAACAGGGAGACUGGGUAGCGUCUCCUGUACCUUGUGCAUGCUAACUUGUAUGCCUGACAAGUGUAGGUGUACACAUAAUUCCUUGAUUUUUGUUUAUCUUACCUCACUCUUGUUCAUAUAUUUGUUGUCCUGUCUUCAAUCUGUUCUCAUCUGUGAGUUGGACCUUAGUUUGCAACCAGGGUAAAUUCUUGUUGUAGUCCUCAAAAUAUGCGCUGCUGAGUAAGCUUCAUUCACUGUGCCUCAUAUGCUUCAUGCUGUUGUCACAUGAAGCAAAAUGGCGUUUCCAUUCUACUUUCCAUUUAAAGAAUCGCUUUCUUUUUCCUUUAUCCGCAUACUCACAAUCUUCUGAUUUUAGGACGUACACAUUGCAUAAUGCUCAAGCAGACACAUGAAUGGCCAUCUUGCGCGUUAAUGUAAAGGUAUUGUUUUUAUUUGUUUUUGGGAAGCGCUCUUGUGGCCAUGUGGGCUCGAGGAUGCUUUUCCAUGGCUCGGCAGGGCAGGAGUUGUCUUGUGUAUAGGUUGACUUUCUCGCGUAACUUAUUUAUUUUUCACCACCACUGCACAACAUUGCAAGGAGCGCUGUAGGAGGCAUCUGUACGUGUGUCGCAGUGACCAUAAUCAUUUUGACGGCCAUCCAGUGCGAUGGCUGUGUCGUCUGAAACCCUGUCCACCACAUGUUGUGGCUGCAUAUUUAUAUACUCAUUGAGUUUUUAUGUUGACAGAUUCCCUAUGUAAAUAAAGAUUACACAUUAACAAGGCUGGCUAGGCCGCUGAAAGAAUUAACAGUAAAUGUGAACAUGUGGCUGGUACAAAAUAACUGAAAUCAAGCAUUUAAAUCAUUACACCAAGGCUAUUUUUUUUGUCUCCUGUUUUGCGCUGUGGUUUGGUGUGACGUUUCAACACAUGCCACAAGCUGUUAUAGUGCACUCUGCUAGUGCCAUUACUUUUGUAUAGGCUUGCCACUGGCAAUAAAAUAGUAUUAACGUUUAUUGAACAGAACUUGCUACAUGAUGGGACAUACCUAGUUGGCAGUUUUUGUUGCAGAAUGUUUAUUUUCUUUGUAUAUGUCAAUAGAUGUGCAAAGGAAUGUCGCCAAAACGCUAUUUGCUUUUAACAUUUCCCAGGGUUGAUGCUACCAUAGGCACGAAACCUUCCUUUCUUUUGACAUUGGCUUACGCUGAAGGGGCACUCACGCCUUUUCUGUCAGUUGUCAAAUAUGGCCAUCAAACACUGUAGCACAGGUUGUGUACCUUGGUAUGUGGUGUGAAUUCUGCAGGAUACUGUAUGAUUUGUUGCUCUAUACAUCUCUGUGAACAAAUUGCAGUCUGGAUCCGUAACUCCAUUUCUGCAUUAAAGGUGUUGCAUUUGCCCACACA